AUGGAUCCACUGUCGAUUGCAGCCAACGUGGUCGGGAUAGCGGUUGUGUGCGGCAAGUUGUCGCAAAGUGUUGGCCAGUUCGUCAUCGACACCAAGGGUGCUCCAGAUAUCGUAUCUGAAUUCUAUGAGACCAUUCGAAAUCUUCACUCAGCGCUGUCACAAGUCGGGCAGGUCUUGCAGUCUCGGCCGCGCCAGCUGCCUUUCGAGAAGGAGCACCACCGAAAGAUCGGGCAGAUCGCCAAGUCCUGCAAGAAAGCUCUUGACAAGUUGGAUGGGCAACUCCCUUCGCUUCGUGACAAGCCAACCUCCAUCGACAAAGUCCGCAUGAACCUGUCCAUGUCUUUGAAGUCCAACUCAAUCAAGCAGACAAUUAUACACAUCAACUCGUACACCCAAGUACUGCAGCUCAGCUUGGUGACGUUGUCACUCGGGUCGUUAUGGGGAACACAAAGCUCUCAAGACCAAAUCCAAGCCGAGAUCAGAAGCCUGACGGACAAAAUCCGCUCUUCAAACCUUUUAUUACAAAGACCAGACUUGCCACCUCCUGGCCAACUAACAGAAAUGGACGAUCAUGUCGCCGAUGCUAACAUGGCCGUCACCAGGGACAUACAGGCUUGGCGAGCGACUGCAGACGACGUAGCUGCAGCUGUAUCUCUACAUAACCCCGACCAAAUGUCACUAGACGCUCGGUCGGAAAUACACAACCUUGCCUCAGAUAGUGGCGUUGAUAUCAGCCCGGAGAUCGAAGAAGACGACUUCGACCCUGAACCCGGGUAUGCCGACUGUCCUAGCCGCGAGAUUCUGCAGUAUCAGUUUGAGCAUAAUCAGAUGAUGGUCAGUCAACUGGUCAAGUGUGGCAUCUUUCUCAAGGCAUCAUCAUAUCAGCGAAAGGGAAUCGAAUGGCGAAAGCAGCUUGCAGAGGUCCACAAUGUCGCUCUCACACCUGACGAGAGCGCCGACAUGAAAGAGUUCCUUGCUGAGAUCCUAAUGAAUACCGAUAUACCGGAUCUCAUCAUAGAGGGCAAAGAGAUGUUGAGAAUGCUCUUGAAGGAAGAGGUCACAAAACCUACCGAGCAGAUCGAUGAACAUAGACGCUGUCGUUUAUAUCACAAACUUGGUAAGCUCUACAUGGAGCAAGGAAGGCUUGAGCAGGCGCGCAGGGAUCUCAGCCGAGCUUUCGAGGGGAGAAGGAGGAUCGACCCCAUGCCGAAAGACCUAGUGCGAGAAUCUGCUGAACUUCUUGUGAAGGCCUUGCAGCUUGAUCAAGCCUUCGACGAAGCGCGCGGAUAUAUGGAGUAUAUCGGACGAGAACUGAACCCUGAGCCGGCUAGCAUUGACCCCACAAUCCCGCCUUCUGUAGACAACGAAUUGUCCAGCGCAUUUGCAUGGUGUCAAGAACGAGGCUUCGAUGUUGACUCUGAGGACUUCUGUUUCGAAGUCUGUGAUUCAAUGAGAGGGACAUCACCGCUGCAUCUUGUGAUACAAGAGGAGAACCUCGAGAUGUUCCGCCUCGUCAUCGAUCACGUCGUCAGCCUUGAGCACCGUGACUCUGACUUCGCUACGCCAUUGCUGCUGGCAUGUAGCACCCGCAACCGUGAGACAGUCGGCAUGUUGCUCCAACGAAAGGCAAAGGUCGAUGUGCGAGACUUAAAGGGCAUGUCACCACUGCACCGAUGUCAAAGUACGAAGGGAGGAGUUCAGGUUGCGAAACUUGUUGUGGAGUAUGCACCAUGUCCGCCGCCGGCCUCUGUCAGCGCAGUACCUGAGAUCAUCAACCAAACUGACAACUCGGGGAAAGCCGCACUGAUCAUGGCGUGUGAGAAGGAGAACGUCGAGAUGGCCACGUUCCUCAUGGAACAGGGAGCUAAGCCGGAUCUGACUGAGAAAUAUGGCAAGACAGCUCUCUAUAUGGCCUGCCAAAGGGGAGAUGAGCGAAUCGUCAAGUGUUUGUUAGAGAAUCGUGCUGGCCCAAACGUGCAGGGCCCAGGCCAGUGCACGCCGUUGGUCGCAGUGAUUGAGGCGGCAAUCAGCAUCACCGCGAAGCUAUCUAUCAUCGAAAUGCUUUUAGCUCAUGGAGCUGAUCCACGUGUAGCAGAUGCGGAUGGACAGAACGCUUUCGUAGCUGCGAAGAAGGCCGGGUUUGGAUCCGAGAUAACACGGCGCCUCCAAAGGGUAGAUCCUCGGCGGCUCAGCACGACAUCGGCAGCGACCGCCAGCAGCAGGGCGCCAAGUAAUGCUGAAUCGUUCCGGUCUCAGGCAGAAUCCGUGACAUCGCAAUCAAGUGGUCGGGUUUCAGACAACAAUAGCGGGCGAAUCCGGCUGAGAUGGAAGAAGGACGAGGGCAGAGGUGGUUAG